AUGACUUCGGUAGCUAGACCACAGCAAGCACCAUCCAAUGCUACCUUCAAAGAUAAGGAAAAGCCUCAAGAAGUUCGUCGAGCUAAUAUCCUUGCAGCUAGAGCUGUAUCUGAUGCAAUUAGAACCUCAUUGGGCCCAAAGGGAAUGGACAAGAUGAUCAGAACAAAUAAGGGUGAAAUUAUCAUUUCCAAUGAUGGUGCAACUAUCUUGAAGCACAUGGCAGUGUUACACCCAGCUGCCAAAAUGCUUGUUGAUGUAAGUCAUGCACAAGAUGUUGAGGCCGGUGAUGGAACAACAACCGUUGCCAUUUUAACGGGGGCUUUACUAGGAGCUGCAGAGAGGCUAUUAAAUAAAGGCAUACAUCCCACAUUGAUUGCUGAGUCUUUCCAAAGAGCUGCCCAACGUAGUGUUGAAAUACUUUUGGACAUGGCAUCAAAAAUCAAGUUGGACGAUAAAGAAUUGUUGAUUAAAGCAGCUUCCACAUCAUUGAGCUCGAAGAUUGUUUCGCAACACUCACUGUUGUUGGCUCCGUUGGCAGUGGACUCUGUCUUGAAGGUGAUUAACAAAGAACAGGACAAUGUCGACUUGAAUGAUAUCCGUUUGGUAAAGAAGUUGGGUGGUACGAUCGAUGACACCGAGUUGAUCAAUGGGGUUGUUUUAACCCAAAAUGUUGUAAAAAGUGCCGGAGGACCUACUAGGAUAGAAAAAGCCAAAAUAGGAUUGAUUCAGUUUCAAUUGUCACCACCAAAACCAGAUAUGGAAAACAAUGUUGUUGUCAAUGAUUACAGACAAAUGGAUAAAAUCUUGAAAGAGGAAAGAGCAUACUUGUUGAACAUUUGUAAAAAGAUAAAAAAGGCCAAAUGUAACGUAUUGUUGAUACAAAAGUCUAUUUUGAGGGAUGCCGUUAAUGACUUGGCCUUGCACUUUUUAUCAAAGUUGAACAUUAUGGUGAUCAAAGAUAUCGAAAGAGAUGAGGUUGAAUUCUUAUCCAAAGCUGUCGGAUGCAAACCAAUUGCUGAUGUUGACAAUUUCACUGAAGAUAGGUUAGGCUCUGCCGAUUUGGUUGAGGAAAUUGAAAGUUCUAGUUCAAAAAUUGUUCAGAUAACUGGAAUCACUUCAAAAAACACCCAGCCUACUGUUUCCAUUGUUGUGCGAGGUGCAAACAAUUUAGUUGUUGAUGAAACAGAAAGAUCGUUACACGAUGCAUUGUGCGUUGUGAGAUGCUUGGUUAAGGAGAAAGCCUUGAUCGCUGGAGGUGGUGCGCCAGAAAUUGAAGUUUCAAGACAAUUGAUGAAGGAGUCAAACAAAUUGUUUGGUGUUGAACAAUUUGUUUAUCAAGAGUUUGCUCUUGCGUUAGAGGUGAUACCAACUACGUUGGCCGAAAAUGCUGGAUUGAAUCCAAUAAAUGUUGUUACCGAUUUAAGGAACAGACAUGAAAAUGGGGAAAAGAAUGCAGGAAUCUCGGUAAGAAGAUCAGGUGCUUCAAACACAUUUGAUGAGCACGUAUUGCAGCCAGUUUUGGUCAGUACAAGUGCCAUCGUAUUGGCUUCAGAAUGCGUGAAAUCUAUUUUGCGAAUUGACGAUAUUCAAUUCAGUCGUUGA